AUGUCCUCUGACCUGAUUGUGACCACGUCCUCUGACCUGACUGAGACCACGUCAUGUGAUCUGAUUGCGACCACGUCAUAUGAUCUGAUUGCGACCACGCUAUUUGAUCUGAUUACAACUACAUCAUGUGAUCUCCUAAUUGUGACCACGUCCUCUGAUCUGAUUGCGACCACAUCGUGUGAUCUGAUUGCGAAUACGUCAUGUGAUCUGAUUGCGACCAUGUCGUGUGAUCUGAUUGCGACCAGGCCAUGUGAUCUGAUUGCGAAUACGUCAUAUGAUCUGAUUGCGACCAUGUCAUGUGAUCUGAUUGCGAAUACGUCAUAUAAUCUGAUUGCGACCACGUCAUGUGAUCUCAUUGCGAAUACGUCAUAUGAUCUCAUUGCGACUACAGCAUGUGAUCUGAUUGCGAUCACGUCCUCUGAUCUGAUUGCGAAUACGUCAUAUGAUCUGAUUGCGAAUACGUCAUAUGAUCUGAUUGCAACCACGUCAUAUGAUCUGAUUGUGAUCACGUCAUAUGAUCUAAUUGGGAUGACGUCAUAUAAUCUGAUUGCGACUCAGACGAUGUUGCCGAUGAUCAUGUGUCGGGAUUGUAACUCCGUGAUAUGA